AUGAUCUCGCCCCGCGCGUCCGCGUCGCUCCUCCGCGGCGUUCGCUCCAUGGCGACCGUCCGCUCGGCCAUUGGUGACACCAAGGUUCCCAUGUCCAACCUCGAGUCUGGCAAGUUUAUCAACUACCAGCGCAUUGAGGACAACCUCCAGAUCGUCCGUGCUCGUCUCAACAAGCCCCUCACCCUUGCCGAGAAGAUCGUCUACGGUCACCUCGAUGACCCUCACCACCAGGAGAUUGUCCGCGGCGAGUCGUACCUGAAGCUCCGCCCCGACCGUGUUGCUUGCCAGGACGCCACCGCCCAGAUGGCUAUCCUCCAGUUCAUGUCGGCCGGUCUUCCCCAGACUGCCGUCCCCACCUCGGUCCACUGUGACCACCUUAUCCAGGCCCAGGUCGGCGGUGUCAAGGACCUUGCCCGUGCCAUCGACAUCAACCGUGAGGUCUACGACUUCCUUGCCACUGCUUCGGCCAAGUACGGCAUCGGCUUCUGGAAGCCCGGAUCCGGUAUUAUCCACCAGAUCAUCCUUGAGAACUACGCUACCCCCGGUCUCAUGAUGAUUGGUACCGACUCGCACACCCCCAACGCUGGUGGUCUCGGUAUGGUUGCCUGCGGUGUCGGUGGUGCCGACGCUGUCGACGUCAUGGCCGGUAUCCCCUGGGAGCUCAAGGCCCCCAAGGUCAUCGGUGUUCACCUUGACGGCAAGAUGUCGGGCUGGACUACCCCCAAGGACAUUAUCCUCAAGGUCGCUGGUAUCCUCACCGUCAAGGGUGGUACCGGUGCCAUCAUCGAGUACACCGGUCCCGGUGUUGACUCGCUCUCGUGCACUGGUAUGGCUACCAUCUGUAACAUGGGUGCCGAGAUUGGUGCCACCACCUCGCUCUUCCCCUUCAACAACAAGAUGGCUCAGUACCUCGAGGCCACCAACCGUGCCCCCGCCGCCCGCUACGCCGAGGCCUUCCAGCACAACCUUGUUCCCGACGCCAACUGCGAGUACGACCAGCGCAUCGACAUCAACCUUUCGGAGCUCGAGCCCUACGUCAACGGCCCCUUCACCCCUGACCUUGCCACCCCCCUCUCCAAGUUCGCUUCCGAGGUCAAGAAGAACGGCUGGCCCGAGGAGCUCAAGGUCGGCCUCAUCGGCUCGUGCACCAACUCGUCGUACGAGGACAUGUCGCGUUCGGCUCACAUCGCCAAGGAGGCUGCCGAGCACGGCCUCAAGGCCAAGUCGGGCUUCACCAUCACCCCCGGUUCGGAGCAGGUCCGCGCCACCAUCGCCCGUGACGGCUUCGUCGACACCUUUGAGGGUAUCGGCGGUGUUGUUCUUGCCAACGCCUGUGGCCCCUGCAUUGGUCAGUGGGACCGCCGCGACGUCCCCAAGGGCACCAAGAACUCCAUCAUCACCUCGUACAACCGUAACUUCACCGGCCGUAACGACGCCAACCCCGCUACCCACGCCUUUGUCGCUUCGCCCGACCUCGUCACCGCCAUGGUCUUUGCCGGUGACCUCACCUUCAACCCCAUGACCGACUCGCUCACCGGCGCCGACGGCAAGGAGUUCAAGUUCUCCGAGCCUAAGGGCCUCGAGCUGCCCCCCAAGGGUUACGACGCAGGCGAGAACACCUUCCAGGCUCCCCCCGCCGACGGCACCACCGUCCAGGUCGCCGUUGACCCCAAGUCGGACCGUUUGCAGCUCCUUACGCCUUUCAAGGCAUGGGACGGCAAGGACAUCAUUGACGCCCCCGUCCUCGUCAAGGCUCUUGGCAAGUGCACCACCGACCACAUCUCCGCUGGCGGCCCAUGGCUUAAGUUCCGUGGCCACCUCGAGAACAUCUCGCAGAACUGCCUGAUCGGUGCCAUCAACGCCGACAACAACGAGGCCAACAAGGUCCUUAACCAGGUUACCGGCGAGUUCGGCGGUGUCCCCCAGGUCGGUGCCUACUACCGUGACCAGGGUAUCCCCUGGGUUGUCGUCGGUGACGAGAACUACGGUGAGGGUUCGUCGCGUGAGCACGCCGCCCUCGAGCCCCGUUUCCUCGGUGGCCGCGCCGUCAUUGUCCGCUCGUUCGCCCGUAUUCACGAGACCAACCUCAAGAAGCAGGGUAUGCUUCCCCUCUGGUUCAAGAACCCCGCCGACUACGACCUCGUCUCGGGCUCGGACAAGCUCUCGAUCACUGGCCUCAACGAGUUCGCCCCCGGCAAGGACCUGACCAUCCUCGGCAAGAAGGCCGACGGUUCGGAGUACAGCUUCAUCGUCUCGCACACCUUCAACGAGGGCCAGAUCGGCUGGUUCAAGGCUGGUUCCGCUCUGAACCUCAUGGCCAAGGCUGCCGCUGAGCGCGCUGCCGGCAAGGCUUAA